AGCUGCUCCACCUCUUCCGAGCGAGGUCACGGCCUGGCAAUCCUGAGCAAGGUUUUCUAGAGGGAAGGUCUCUCGGUGGGUCAGGGCAGCCCCGGGCCCAGCGCUAUGUCCCGGAACCUGCGCACCGCGCUCAUUUUCGGCGGCUUCGUCUCCCUGAUCGGCGCCGCCUUCUAUCCCAUCUACUUCCGACCCCUAAUGAAAUUGGAGGAGUACCAGAAGGAACAAGCCAUAAAUCGGGCCGGUAUUGUUCAAGAAGAUGUGCAGCCACCAGGGUUAAAAGUGUGGUCGGAUCCAUUUGGCAGGAAAUGAGAAGGCUGUCAUCGACCCCGAUUAGGAAAGGAGGUAUCUCGAACUUUCAAUUCUGCCUCCAGUGUAAUCAAUCACCUCACCAUAGGAUAAUGGCCGAGAAGAAAACUCUGGAAUGCUGUAAAUAAGAGUACUUUAAUAAAGACACUGUGCACAGGAUUAAUAUUUCCCUUCUUAAAUGUCAAAAGAACCCUGGAACAAAUUAUACCAUUACGAAGGUUUUCAUAAUUCGGUCGACUUUGCGAAAAUGAAGCUGUCUCACCCAGCUGUGUUUGGCGGCAAUCUGCUUGUUAUUCCGCCUUCGCCACUUCCCUAAGCAAGCUGUGAUGUGAAUACCAGCAACCAGUGGGCUCAGGAAGGUCCAGCUCUAUUUGCCAUUUUCCAAAUAAGAGAUUUCAGUAAAAAAACCACCAUACUGAGCCACCUCACAGGGUCCUUUGAAAAUGUUCAAGUGAAUAAAGCUCUUUGUGGACAAGGUACUUCGUGCUGUUUAAGAUUAAAGGAUUCAGCUUAACCAUGUCUUAGUGAAGAUUGCUCUAUAUUGGAAAAUAAAUAUGCAGCAAGUCAAACUGGAUGGGUGCUCAUGCAUAGAAAUCAACGAUGAAUUUACAGAAGCGAAAAUCUGUAUAUUAAAAUGAUUGUGCUUCACAA